AUGUCUGAAUUAAGUUUUAAAUUUGUUCGUCAAAAAAAAUAUGAUGAAAAACAUAUGAUGGUUGUUGCGUUCGAACAAUGCUCUAUAAAAUGUAAUCUAGAAUGUGAGUGGAUUAGUGAAAAGGAAUGUACAAUUCUUAAUCAAGCAAAAUUAACAAAAACUGAUAUAUUCGUAUUUGACGAAUUUGCUGGUUCAGCUUUUGAAUAUCUUAAAGGAUCAAAGGCUCUAAUCAUUGGAACGCGUUGUCUUAUGCAAUGUCUCUCUCAGGACAAAGAACUCCCUCCUUGGACUAACCCUUUGUAUACUCUAGCGAUGACUGGACUCAUCGUAACUACUUCGGGUUUUACAAAAGAACAGAAAGAUAAAAUUGCUACUUAUGUGCAGUGGAUGGGUGGUGUCUUUGAAAAUAAUAUGCAGACCAAAACAACACACCUUAUAUCAAAUAAUGUUACCAGUGUAAAAUAUUGUAAAGCAGCUGGGCUGAUUCAUAUUGUACGACAUGAUUGGAUUGAAGCUAUUUGGAAAGAAAGUUUAAAGGAUGAAGUAAUGGGUGCAUGCCCAGAAUUUAUAGAACAAAGUGUGACAACAUACAGACUUCCUCCAUUUUAUGGUUUGACUAUCACAUCGGCUAGUUUGUCAGGAGAAGAUAAAAAUAAUGUGAAAAAAUUAAUAGAAGAUAAUGGUGGUACUUACAGUGGAAAGUUUCAAACGGAUACAACAGACGUACUGGUGAUUAAUAAAAAUGGUAUUGAUAGCGCAAAAUACAAUGCAGCUCGAACAUCUAAAAAGGAAAUUGUAAAUCCAGAUUGGGUUAAAGAUAGUGUGGCUUUUGGUUAUGCGGUUGCAAUGGAUAAAUACAGAAUUGAAGUAUCAAACGCGAGCACACCUACUAAAGAAAAUGCUCCUGAUUUGACUAGUAAUUUUUCUAUGAUGAGUGCCAUUGUAAUGGAUAAGCAGAAAAUUAAUUCAACAGUAAAUGAAACAGUAAAUAUUACAAUACAAGAAAAAAUGCAAGAUAUAACUUUGGAAAAAUCUUGUGCUAUUAGCACACUUCGAAGUGAAAUUAAACCCUUAUUUAAUAUGAAAGAUGUCAGAAAUGCUGGAUUAUUUUUGGAUGGUUGUGGCAUUUAUGCAGCGGGCUUUUCUACAGAAGAUAGAGAAUUUUUGUAUAAAAUUUUUAACUCGGGGGGUGCAACGAGAUAUGAUGAACCAUGUGAAAAAGUAUCUCACAUUAUUUUGAACAACAAUGCUAAUUUUGAUAUGAAGCAAUUCAGUGAUAAAAAUCUUACGCCAUUCACUGUAAAUAUAAGUUGGCUGUCCGAUAGUAUAAAGCAUAAGCAGGCAAUGCCUGAAGACGAUUAUAUAAUCAAGUUCCCAGAAGAGAAAACAAAUACGAAAGUGAAACGAAAACUGGACAAUGUUCUAAAAACUAUUUCAAUGAAUGAUUCAGUUUGUCGACUAAUUCCAACUCCAAGAGAUGAGAAAUUAAAAGAAUUUGAACACCAAUCAAGAGUUAUGCAAAUGUAUAUAAGUUCAACUAGUUUUGGUACAACUACAGAUUCCACUAUCAGUGCUGAUCAAUCCACAUUUUCAUACUUAUCAAAUCACUCAUUUUAUCUAAGUGAAGAGCUUAAUGAUUCUGAGAGAAAUGAACAGUUAACUCUUAUUCCAAAUGUAGGAGGCCGUAUUACUAAUAAUGUGAAUGAGGCAAAAUAUAUAAUUGUUCCUCUCAAGUUAUUGAAUAGUAUUGAAGGGCCAGAAAAAUGUGAAAUUGUAAAUUCUUUGUUUAUUAAUUCCUGUUUAGGACAAAAAUGUGUGGUGCCGAUACAGUAUUAUCAUAGACCUAUUAUUAUAACCCAUAAGAAGCCUCUACAAAAUUUGGUAUUUUCUAUAAGUUCAUAUGUUGCCCCAGAACGAACGUAUAUUGCAGAAUUGAUCCAAGAACUGGGUGGGCAGACAAAUGACAAGUUUAUUCGGUAUGGCCUUUCUAGUGAAGGAAUUGGAGCAGCUACACAUUUGAUCUGUAAAGAAGCAAAAGGGUCCAAAUAUCAGGCUUGUAUAAACUGGAAUUUACCUGCACUAACUGUGGACUGGCUUUUGGAAUGCUAUGAAACGGGUUGCAGGGCAUUAGAGGAAAAAUAUUUAGUAGGAAAAUCCAAAGCUCCAAAACGAACAGAUUUAGAAGAGAUGAAGAAAUAUAAUCAAGUAGAAGACAUAAAAACACCAGGAAAAAUUUCUAAAAUAAAUAAAGUUCCAAUUUCAUGUAAUGAAGAAUUAACAAUAAAUUUUGAAUGUACCAGAAAUCAUAGAUUGUCAAAUACAAGUUUGAGUGAAGAAGAUACUUUACAGCAGCAAGUAUCAGAAUUUGUUCCAGAACCGCUCGAAAACAAUAAGUCAGUUGAUGCAAAUACUCCUAAAGUAAGCCUCAAGCGUAAAGGAUCAUGGAUUGAUGAUAACAGUGAUCGGAAUCUUGAGCAAGGAAGCUCUAAUGCUAAAGAAGGAAUAGAUGAUGAUGAUUUUGAAGCACAAAGAUCAAUUUUCAACAAACACCUAGCUGGUUUGAAAGAAGGAGAGCAACCAAUUCUGAGUCAAACGACUCCUCCACCAGUAAGCAAGUUUUUGCAACGAUUGCGUGGUAGAAAAUCAGAAACUCCCGAAUUGCCACAGCUACCAGAAUAUCUUAGAACACCAGAAUCUCCAUAUGGCGCUUUUCUUCAUGGGCCCAAUCCUUCCCCGGAAACUAGAAAACGCUGGAAAAGAUGGGUUGAUGCUUUACCGGACCCUGAAUCACCUAUGCCACCUAAAACACCAAGUCCCACUCUGAGCGAAUUAAAGCGUCAAUUGAUUGCCAAGAUUUCUCGACCAAAACAAUCUUCAGAAACGACAAAAAAAUUAGAUUUUGACCAAUGUGUAAUUCAGGACGAUCAAACUGCAGGUUCAUCAAAAUCUACUGCUGAUGAAUCACCAGCAUCAAAUAAACAAUCGGCUGUAAUUAACACUCAAUUACAAAAAUUAAAUGAAAUGCUGAAAUCAGGGAUCGGCAAUAAAACGACACCGAGUAAAUCCUUGACUCCCAUAUCAAGAAAGGCAUCUUUUCACAAUAUUGAUGCAAUAAGUACAAACGUUUUAAAGGAAUCCCAAGCUGAGUCAGUUGGUUGGCGAGAUCCUAGCGAAUUGUCACCUUCUCGAGAAUUGAGUUCUACCAGUGAUAUUGAAUUGCAAGAGAUGCAACCAUAUAGGAAAAGACCACCUGUGUUCAUUCUUUCUGGAGUAGAAGAAAAGGAAGAAAUUACUAAAGCAAUAUUAGAUUUAGGAGGUAAAAUAUGUGGAGUUAACAGUAUACAGUAUGAUGAUUCAUGUUCACAUAUUUUAUGUGACCAACCUGCCCGCAGCGAAAAGCUCUUGGCUGGUAUGUCAUCUGGUAAAUGGAUUCUCUGCUCUGAGUACAUAGCACAUUGCUUACAAGAAAGAAGAUUCAUUGAUGAAGAAAUGUAUGAGUGGGGUAAUCCUAAUGGAAACUACUGCCAAAUACCGGAUGCAACUGCAUAUUAUAGAUGGAGAUGCAAAUUGAAUUACACACCAGCUGAAAAUAUUACUGAAGGAGCCUUUUCUGAUUGGAAGGUUUUGUUAUUAAUCAAUAAAAAAGAUUCUUUUGCUAGAGUAAUAAAAGCUGGGUUUGGUGAGAUUGUUGAAUGCAGGAAUAUAGAAUCAUUGCGUGAAUCAUCAGUGACACACUGCUUUAUCGAUCCCCGAAAAAAACCCCUAAAGGAUUUUGAAAUAAGGCAUUUAUUAAGGAUUGGAGCUCUAGUUUUGCCCUCUAACUAUAUAAAUAAAUAUCUAUUUGAGGACCCAAUACCUGACCCGAAGAAGUUUUUAAUCACUGUUUAA